CUAGAUCUUUCCAAUACUACUGUGAAGGAUGUGAUUGACUUCUACUCGACGGACAUCGCAGUUAUCAUCAGCUGGGUAGUAGACAGUAUACAAUUUUCCAGAAACAGUGAUCUUUGGCCGACGCUUGUCAGUUACCACAUGCUCAUUUUGAGUAAGGAACAGGCAGGAAUUGAAAGGGCCCUUGGCAGUACAUUUUAUGCUCAAGGAGGUUUCACACACAGCGAACUCCUCUGGUAUACUGAAAAAUACACUAAAGGCGUUGCUUUCCUGGAACAAUGCGAACAGUACGCUGAAGACGUCAAGCUAACCCUCGACAAGGAAUACAGGAGCACACCUUUGCAAAAGACUAUCGCACGUAUGCGUCACGAAAUACAGGAAAAUAACAACACUGCAGUAUCCGUCGAGGCCGGGACGUGGUGGUUCGACAACAUGACCCUUUACAUCAAUAUUCUCAAAGGUAUCCAAGAUUCACUUGCCCAGAAAAUUGUAGACCGCCUAGAAGAAGACGUUGCCACCUUCCAAAGCCAAUUGACAGUGUCAAUUAUUUUGAUGGUGGUCAGCCUGGUUCUCACUCCUGUCAUCGUGCUCGGUGUACAUCGGAUGACCAGCAAAAUCCACCGAUUUGCUCAUAAUCUCAGAACCAAAACUCUUGACUUGGAAAAGGAGCGGAAGAAAACAGAAGGACUCUUAAAUCAAAUGUUACCAGCCUCAGUGGCCAGGUCCUUAGUUAGCAAACAGUCUGUUCCACCAGAAAGUUUCGAAGCAGUGACAAUAUUCUUUUCUGACAUUGUCAGCUUUACGGCUAUCUCUUCAAAGUGCACACCAUUAGAGGUUGUUCGUUUACUAAGUUAUCUCUACGAGGCUUUUGACGACCGCCUUGAGCUGUAUGACGUCUACAAAGUGGAAACUAUUGGAGACGGGUAUAUGGUGGCCUCUGGAUUACCUCAGAAGAAUGGCGACCGACACGCAGCAGAAAUUGCCAGUUUAUCCUUGGACGUGAUGGAAACCAUCAGCGAUUUAGUCAUACCUAUCAUACCUGGAGAGAAGCUAAAAUUACGCGUCGGAAUUAAUUCAGGUCCUGUAGUUGCCGGGAUUGUUGGCAACAAAAUGCCACGGUACUGCCUCUUCGGAGACACGGUCAACACAGCCUCCCGCAUGGAAUCUUCAAGUGAACCCAUGAAAAUUCAAAUAUCUACUUCAACCAAAGAGUAUCUGGACAAAUGUGGCGGUUUCAGUGUAUCAGAACGAGGACUUAUUUCAAUUAAAGGCAAAGGAAUCAUGCAGACAUUUUGGUUGCUGGGAAAGCAUACUGGACCAGGGAAACGUGAAGUUGUUGACUUGACAUCAUCUAAUUUGCACAGUUAGCGGGAAUUGUUCCCACGUCAUCUUCACAUACUUGGUCCUAAUUUGUCUAAUCUUCGUGAUCUGCUGAAGAGGGAAAUGUACAAACGUCUUUCAGAGAUUUUACAUAAUGUGCUUAAUUAUUAUGGAUUUCCAUAGGCAUGGCAAUGACUUCCGCCUGAAUGAAACGAAACACGGUAAAACGUUGUGAUAAGGACACAGAAAUCCGUGAGUAUAUAUUCAUAGAAGUUAGGCUGUGCAACGAACGUGAAGAAGCUAACGUGUCUACUUAACCGAACCAGCAAUUCCCUCGGAAAAUGUAAAAAGAUUCAUUUAACUGAGGCAGCCACUUCCACGGAAAAUAAUGUUCGUGGGGUUGAUGGACAAUUGAAGCAACUUCCAUGGCAAGUGUUUAUGGUAACAUGUCCACAAGGCUACCUAACAUUUGGAGCAUCUUCCAUCGAAAAUGUGCAUAAUGCUAGGUAAUGCUUGGAGCGACAGCGAAGGGAAAUAUGCAUAAGCUUACGUAACAUUUGGAUCGACAUCGAUGGGAAAUGUGCAUAAUGUUAGGUAAUGCUUGGAGCGACAGCC